AUGCCAAACCAUGACAGCAGCAGCACCGACGAUAAUCUUACGACAACAACAACAACAGCUGGAUCCAGCUCUUCCGUUGUCGGAGGCAGGACCUCAACUUCUAACGACAAACCAUCACCACAACCGAUUGAUAGGAAGAAGGAAAAAACACUUCUCGGAAAAGUGUUCACACAACAACAAUCAAAAUCAUCAUCCACAACUUCACAACCCUAUCACUCGUCCAUAAUGAAAAAUUUGGAUUCUUUACAAUCAUUUCGGAAAUCGACAGGAUCAUCGUCUAGUGCUGUCAUGACCAUUAAUGUGGGAGGUGUUUUAUAUACCACUUUCAAAGAUACCUUGUCUAGAAAAAUCAAUGGAAAGGACCAUCUAUUGUCAGUCAUGUUUUCCAAUGAAGAUCAUUUUGAAUUUUCACGUGAUGAUCAGGGUCAUAUUUUCAUUGAUAGAAAUGGCAAAUUAUUUUCUUAUAUUUUAGAUUAUUUACGAUGUGGAGGAGAUGUCAGACAAUUUGCCUUACCACUUCAUAAUGCAUGUUUAAUGGAACAAUUAGAAAUUGAAUUUGAAUUUUUUAAUUUGUAUGAUUUGUGUCUCUUACUCAAAGGUAGAAGAAAAACAUUUAAAAUUGAAAAGAAAAAGUAUACCAAAAUCAAAACUAAGAGUGGAAGUGAAUUAAUUUCAGCAGAUACGUCUGCUCAAUCCAACUCCACGGCAGUCAAAUCACUUGAAAUUAUUUCUAACACAAAUCAACAAGAAAUUGGUGUCACCAUCGGAAAUGAAGAUGAAGACACCAAUGAUGACACUUCCAGUAUCUUACUGGAGGAAAAUGACGAAUCGGACGAUGAAUUAUUAUUAUUCGAAAGGAAGUUAGAGGAUGAUUUAUUUGUGGUCGAUCACGAUUCAGAUUCUAGUCAAGAUGAUUUUGAUGAAGAUGUUAUAUUUAUUGAACCACCAACUCCAGAUGCUGUUUUAACACCUUCAUCAGAACCAGCGACCAUCGCCGACGAUGAGGAUUCUGUCUCCACUUUCGAUGCAGCCAUCAAGAGUGUGAAUGAUGAAACGAAUUUAGUGAUACGACAUCAAUCACAACAGGCAACAUCACCUUCCUUGCACAAUCACAUUUCACAACAACAUCAUGAGAAACACAAAUUGAAUCUUCUCUCCAAAAAACAAAAGUCUUCUCUUUUCUCUUCUUUCCAUAAUAUCAAGCACAAAAUUUGUAAUGAAAAAGGAGAACCAGUCAUUGGCUAUUCAGAAGAUGCUAGUAUUUGUUAUAUUUAUCCUAAUCUCUCGAGAUAUUACUAUCCAAUUAUUUGUAAGCAACCCAUUCAGCUCAGAGGUGUGGAUCGAAGGUUAUCCAAAUGUUACAAUUACUAUGAAAUAACUAUUAAUAGUGACUUUGAAGAAAAGAUUGAUUAUGUGAAUUAUAAUAUUCCUGGAAUAGUCGUAGCAGUGAUGAGUAACAAAAAUAUCAAGGUAUUGAAACAGCAUCACAAAAAAGAUUUACCAAUUGAUUUAAAGAAGGAAACAGUGACAAGUUUUAAUUUGAAAAAUGGAAGCUAUUACAGUAAUGAAGAAGGAAAGCAUGUAAUUGCCAUUCGAAGAUUUUUAUGUGGAGAUCGAGUGGGUGUUCACUUUGACGCAUGGUCCAGAGUCAUUACAUUAUUUUACAAUGGAGCCAUUCUCUUUACGACUCAGUGCCAUCUUGAUCAAAUCACAUCCUCCACGAGAUUAUAUUUUGUGGUUCUUGUUAAAUCCAUGUAUGGAGUUGUUCCUUCAUAUAUUACAUUAUUUAGCAAUGCUCAACAUCCUUUCAAGUAUUUGAAUGAGAAUUCGAGUGAUGAAAAUAAGAAACUUCAAACAUCUCUCAAACUCAUUUCCAAACGAUUAGGUGAAGUUCUCACAUUGAAUAAUGACAACGAAGGACAAGGUCAUACUGUAUUAGCUUCUCAUCAUGGAAAGUCAUCCAAUAAGAGAUGA